GGCAGUCUGCGGACUGUUGAUUCCUGGCCACUGGGAGGAUGCACGCCGAAUCGGCCGCAUCCUCAAGUGGCAAAAUCCAUGGGCGGAGGUUCACCGCUGGUUUGUCCACAAGCUGCAGAAGCAAAGUGGACAUACCUUCGUGGUGGUGAGCCUCCCCGAAGAACUGGUCCCGGCUGUCCUGGGGCAUGACCGGCGCUUCACUUUCCAGUUAGGCACGGUCUACCUCAGGUUCAGAUCCAAAAGGGGCCUGUACACGGAUACGCCGCCUGAGAAGGCGAACAUCAUUAAACCACCAAUGGAUGUCUCCCCGGAGCCCUCUACCUCCUCUGGCAUCACCGGAGAAGGGAAGGAGCCCUCCCUGACCCCCGUCUCUGCGGACGAGUGCGUGUCGGGGAUGGGAGACAUCCGACUGAGCGAGGACGAAGACGAGGACCUGCUGUCCACUGAUGGCGGUUACCCCCUCGCUCAGUAAAUUACUAACCAUCCAAUGCAACCUCCACCACAGCCAGGCCGCAACGGUUCAACUCCGGAAAUGGUUGGAGGCAAACAACACAGCCGUGGCACUGAUCCAGGAACCGUGGAUCAGCGCCCGCGGCCAAAUAAAUGGACUCUCACAAAUGAGAGAGACCUGUGUGCCGUCAAGCUUUUAGCUGACACGGCCACGGGCCUGCCUGAAGUGGUGCUCGCCUCUGUCUAUAUGGCAGAGACUGAUGUACCACCACCGCAGGAAAUGGAACGGCUAAUCAAAUACUGC